UGAACAGGUUCCCCAGCUUGGAACGGUUUGUUUGCUAUAAGGGUCAACAGGGUGGUCACGUUCCUUCAAAUCCUUUGUCCUGCAAAUUAAUUUUUAAAAGCAUGGUUUGUUUGUUGGCCUGGGCCCCCCAGGUCUUGAGCAGCAGACCGCCUCUUUCCACUGGGACUCCCCCUCCGCGUUCCCCGUGGCGGGCUCCAGAGCCAUGGCGACGGAGGAGAAGAAGCCCGAGACUGAGGCCGCCCGAGCACAGCCCACCCCGUCGUCGUCUGCCACUCAGAGCAAGCCCACACCUGUGAAGCCUAACUACGCCCUGAAGUUCACCCUCGCCGGCCACACCAAAGCCGUGUCCUCCGUGAAGUUCAGCCCGAAUGGAGAAUGGCUGGCCAGCUCCUCUGCUGAUAAACUCAUUAAGAUUUGGGGAGCAUAUGAUGGAAAAUUCGAGAAAACCAUAUCUGGUCACAAGCUGGGAAUCUCUGACGUGGCCUGGUCGUCGGAUUCAAACCUCCUUGUUUCCGCCUCAGAUGACAAAACCUUGAAGAUAUGGGAUGUGAGCUCAGGCAAGUGUCUGAAGACCCUGAAGGGCCACAGCAACUAUGUCUUCUGCUGUAACUUCAACCCCCAGUCCAACCUCAUCGUCUCAGGAUCUUUUGAUGAGAGUGUGCGGAUCUGGGACGUGAAGACGGGGAAGUGCCUCAAGACGCUGCCAGCCCACUCUGACCCUGUCUCGGCU